GCAUAUAUAGAGGCCGGAUUGAUCAUUGAGGAAACUGAGCAAUAUCUUGUAGUCUUUUCUGUACAAUGGAGAAACAAGCCAAACCAAAGAACAAGAUCUUGAAGUUUCUACCAAGAGCGGCCUCUGCAGUAGCAGUCUCCUUCCAAAACCAUCAGUUCAGCCCAAGUAGGGAUAGGAGAUCGGAGAUUAACGCAAACAAGCUCAAAAAUCAUGCCGGAAGAGGAUUCUCCGGUCCCAUCAUACCAAUGAUUCCUGACGAAGCUCGACGGAAGCCCAAGAACGGAGGGUCGUUUGAUUCACAAGAACCCACUUCACCGAAAGUCUCAUGCAUGGGCCAAAUCAAGCACAAGAAAAAGAUGAUCAAGAAAGCUAAGCGCGCUGCGCCGGCGCCCUUGCCGCCUCAAAAGGUGAAGGCUGUGGCGACGAGUACUUCUCCUCCUCGUGAGCUGAAGAAGCAUGCCUCGGCGAUUAGGAGAAUCUUCGCCGGUGCAAAACCGGCCGGUAGGAAAUCUGAUGCUUCUGUUGAUUAUAAUAAUAAGCCUGUGCUUCCUGAUGGAGCGCCUUGUUUGAGUCAGAUGAAGCGGUUCGCGAGCGGACGUGAUUCGUUGUCUGAUUUUGACUGGAUGGCUCAGAUUGCACCAAUGGACCGGGAUCACAGGAACUAUUACUCGGAUGAAGAGAGAGGAGAGAGUGAUGAAGAAGAAGAGGAAUUCAUGAUUCCUUUCUCUGCUCCUAUGAUGAUAGGUGGAGGAGUGCCUUUGCAGCCAAGAAAAGAAAUUAAUCUCUGGAAGAGAAGAACCAUGGCUCCACCUAGACCUCUCCAAUUAAAUACCACGGUCAAAGCUAGCAAUAGCAAAUCGACUUAGAUUUCUCAGUUUUUUUUUUUUUUUUGGGAGGUUCUUUUGUUUAAUUUUGUUGCUUUUACAUCAAUUUGUGGUGCAAAUAUUUGAUGAAAUUUGUAGAAAGCUGUGAUGAAAUUUGAAGGGAACUGUAAUUGGCAUGA